AUGGCUAGACCACAAGUUUUCUUCGACAUCACCAUCGGCGGUGAAAAAGCCGGCCGUAUCGAGAUGGAGCUCUACAGCGACAUCGUCCCAAAGACCGCUGAAAACUUCAGAUGCCUUUGCACUGGUGAAAAGGGCAAGGAUUUGACCUACAAGGGCUGUGGUUUCCACAGAGUCAUUAAGGACUUCAUGAUUCAGGGUGGUGAUUUCACCAAACACAACGGAACUGGUGGAAAAUCAAUCUAUGGAGCCAAAUUUGCCGAUGAAAACUUCAUCGUCAAACACACCAAGAAGGGACUCCUCUCCAUGGCCAAUGCUGGACCAGGGACCAACGGAUCUCAAUUCUUCAUCACUACCGCUGUCACUGAUUGGUUGAACGGAAAGCACGUCGUUUUCGGUGAAGUCAAGAAGGGAUACGAUGUAGUCCAAAUGAUUGAAAACUCAAAGACUGGAAGAAAUGACAAGCCAGUCAAGGAAGUCGUCAUUGCUGACUGCGGCCAACUCUAA